AAAACAUCAAUAACUGCGAAGCUGCUAAGGUUGGAGGAUUAACGGGAUUAAAAUAUGACUCGAAUUAAUUCCUUCAAGCUAUUUUCCUCGGGUUGAAAAGCCGCGGCGUCGUACGGAAAACCUGAUUACCGCUGUGAUCUUCCACAGAAAAGAGCGAAAGGUUCCAGUCCAACCAUUGGACGUUUUUCACCGCAGCCACUUCCCCAUUGAAAGUCAAAGCGCGAGAGGCAAACGUUACUUCCUGUGACAAAUUUGUCUUGAUGCUCAUCUCGUACACUCGCAUUCGCCGUUGAGAUGCCAGCAUCAUCAUAUCCUGAGAUGCUCGCUCCUCAGAUCAUCUAAAGGUCAGCCCGCAAAGAGCUUCUGCCUAGAGACAAGAAAACGUUUCAGUUUUCAGAAGAUUCCGGUGAUGUUUACGCCAUCUCGUUAGAUCUGCACCGGUGUUUUGGCAUUUCCAGCCAUGCUACAGCAAUCAGAGCUCAUUUUUGACUUCGCCAGUGACCAUGUCACCCUGUCAGGGUUGGGGGUUCAUUCGGAUUUCCCAGGUGUGCUCGUGGAGCAGAUUCCACAUCCGCACCUGUUGGCAUAUUCAGGAUUUUUGUGUGAGGAGACACACGAAUACGACCAACAGUUGCCGAAAGUGGACCCAUGUGAAAGUGGAGACGAAGAGACCAUGGAAACGCUCGUUGCUGCAGACUCGCUUCUGGACUUGGACUGUCCAGAUACUCUGUCACUGGAACACUACUCCCAGACCUUCCUGCCAUCAUUGGGCGAUGUCAUCAACGCCCCUGUGACUCAAGUGACGGUGUCUGCCGAGGGGAUUUUGGGAGCUGUCGAAGAGCCAGAAUGGCACACGUUGCACGCAAAUGAGCCGGCGACCCAGCUGCAGUCCAAACAAAGAAGUAGAAAACGGCAUCGAAGGGCAGAGUCGCCUACUCCUGACAUAAAAGUGAAGGGAGACAAAUACAAUAAAGGUGGGAACACGCUCUACUUGUGGCAGUUCCUCAUGGAGUUGCUGCAGGAUAGACAAAUUUGCCCGCGCUACAUUAAAUGGACCAAUCCCAGCGCCGGAAUCUUCAAACUGGUCAACUCAAAGGCAGUGGCGAGACUUUGGGGCAAACACAAGAACAAGCCAGAUAUGAAUUAUGAGACCAUGGGCAGAGCACUAAGGUAUUACUACCAAAGAGGCAUCCUGAAUAAGGUUGAAGGCCAGCGCCUUGUCUAUCAAUUCACCACACUCCCUGAAGACAUGAUCUAUAUCACCGAUGGCGAAGGCGUCAAAGAAGAAGAAGAAGAAGAAGAACACGAUGAGAACAGUGCUAAUGACGAAGGAGUGAGCGAGGAUUCUGAUGACGGCACGGUAACUUCAAGCGACCAAUCGGUUGAGGAAGAAUAUGCCAUCCCGCCAAAGAAGACUUCAGGUUGCUCUGCCCAGCGGAGCCGGCCCACUCGCGACACUGUCCUUCGACCUGCCAGCUCCAGUCUCAUCCAGGAGCAGCAUUUGCCCAUUGUGUCUGCAGAGAUGUUGCGCACCCUCCAGAACCUGCAGAAGGUCCAGUCCCUUCAGCCGGCGGGUCACGCCUCCGUUUUCAAAACGGCUCAGCUGCUGGGGAGUCUGUGUGAGCAACAGGCUUCUGAUGACACUCGGGGUGCACUGGAAACACGCGAUCGAAAGUCACAGUCGGGAGCCAAGGGUUCUCAGGUGGAGAACCCAAAACUGGUGCCGCUUAUUGGCUCCGACCAGUAAAUUAAUGAGCCAUCCACAAACACAUUGUACACACAUGCGCAGACAUCCCGCUUAGCUGCUGAGCUGCAAUGCCAGCGGGCAAGCGUUUGGAUUCAAAAGAAUCCGGAAAGAAAAGGCCAUAUCCAUCAUCAUCCUGUCUCGGUCACUUGUAUCUGGUAAAUCCAGAAGAAACCAAAGACAUGCACUGGAACUUGCAGCGUUUCUGCACGCGCCCUCCACUUGCACUUCUGAGGAGCACAACGCCAUUCUUCUCGCUGUCUGUAACUCCUCACAUGCUGAAGCAUUCCUCUGCCUUGACGAUGACUUUGCACUAAUGUUUAUCCCUGCUGUAUGUUCCUUCUUUAAGUGCCUGACGAUCUCAGUACAUCCUGUGCCUCUUUACUCUGGAGGGUAGCACGGGAAACAUUCCACUUUUUGUUUUUUUUUCUUCGAUAUUAUUGAAUUGUUUUUGUUAUGCAUUGAUACAAAUAAGGGAUCACUGUCAGAGUAGUUAUUUAGCACUUCUGCUGUUAAUAUUUGAGGUACAGUAUCUACAGCAGACUCCUUUUUGUUUUUGACAAUCGCUCGUGAUCUCUGUCUUUUAUUUAGCUACUGUGUCGCCUGUAGUUACACUGCAACUAUUGAGCUAUCCUGCAAUGCACGUGUUGUUUGCUCAGCCUUUAGAUAUGCUUAUGUGGAACUCUAAAGUCUUGAUAUAUGUACUUAUUGUGUAUUUACUGUAUGUCUGAACAUGCUUGACUUGUGCCUUGUUGCCAUUUUUUUUUCUCUCUCAGGUUUUGUUUUGCCUCUAUGCAAAAAAAAAAAUGGCUGGCCUUUCAUCAUGAAAGAAUGAGUAAAAUUUUUUGAUAUCCAGAUUUAUUCAAUUUUUGAUGUAUUUACAGCCUUUGUUUGAACCUUCCUACGCCAGCCCACAAGUUUCAAAUCACUCCACAAAAAAACCCAUUGAAGACUAAUGUCUGUGACAAUAACAUCCGUUAAAAGUCAUAACUCUG